UUCCCAGUAGUCGUCAGCAGCGCUGCUCACACAGCGUCGGUGCAUAGCAACAGGUCAGUGAGCCCUGAGCGCCACAUUAACAUUCACCACAGACUAGGACAGAGGCCCAUUGAGGAGAGAUGUCAGCUACCGUUUCCUUAUGACCUCACAUGGGAGUUUACUCCCAUCCUACAGUUGAGCCUCUGGAAAAGAACAGCACAAUGUGAAAGGACCAUGCUUCAACAUGGCGCAAUACAUCCUGUGGACUGUGUUUACAUGGACAUUCAAGGGGAUACUCUGCACCUGCAGGUUCCUCUGGAUAUGCCCAUACAAUGCAAUCAAGUUCUUACCCAGGGAAAAGCGUGUUGCAGUGGAUAAAAGCCGGCAGCUGAAACCAUGUACAGGUUCUGAAAGUAAAGGGGUUGCAGCCAUUCCAGGUAGUCCUGACCGCACAGCUACCCUUGAUAAAAGACUGACCAAAACUGAGAAAGAGAUCCUAUCACUCAAAACCAGAAUUGCCUGUGAGAGAGCAUCAUGGGAAAGGAGGUUUGCAGAUCUGCAAAGGACACAGGAAGAGCUACGUAAUCAGCUGGUGUCUGGGACUGGAGUGCUGGUGAGCACUACUGAUGACCGGGGAGAGUGCAAAGUGGACAAUGGAGAAUCAUUUGAUGAGUGCACAAGUGAUCUCAGCCAGCACAGAAGGUCUGACAUGUCAUCAAGGAGUGACAGCCGUGCGUGCAGUUUGUCUGACAGCCAGUUUUCCUCACCAUCAGCAGUGAGCUCAAGACCUGCCUCAUCCUCAUCUUCUUCCUUUAGUGUGAGAUCCUGGAGGACGUCUCAAGAACCACAUCGAGUGUUUGUUCCUCACUCCCCCAUGGACCUGCAGCUAGGUCACCGGGUCAGGAUCAUGCUGCCAUCUGGAAGGAUCAGCACAGGCACAAUUCGUUUCCUGGGCCACCUGCAGGGGGAAGCAGAUCUCCACCUUGGGGUGGAGCUGCAGACUCCUGACCCAGCACUGCGUGAUGGCAGCCACAAGGGACACAGCUACUUUGAAUGCAAGCCUGGAUAUGGUGCCUUUGUACCAUUCCAUAAACUACUGAUGGCCUGGGAAUAACUGGAAUACAUGUCUUUCUCCUUGAAGAUCCCGGUAGGUGUCAUUGGACACGAUCACUCCAUCUGACUCAUACGCCAACUUGACAAUGAAGCGGUCAUCGUAGCAAACCACGCGCUUUCCCCCGACGCGGCGUGACGGAGUGAAGACAACUAUUUUUUGUUUUUCAAACUCCAUCAGGAUGUGUUGAUCUGAAAGUCCAAACAUGAAUCAAAUAAAUGUGGUGACAUAAAGUGACGUAGGUGUGAAACACUUGGAUACCUUAUUAAACCCUUUUACAAUAUA